GCUGGGUAUCGCCGCGUCUGUCUCCCGGUGAGAGCGCCGAGCCGAGCCAGAGUGCGUUCAGGCUGCGCGGCGUCGGACCAGAAACCGCUGGGGUUCCCAGAAUAAACCGAAGGCACCCCGACACUCACACGGAGAGGGAGGGAGAGAGAGAGAGAGGAUCCAGGCGGAGAAAAGACCGAGGAUGGAGCAGCAGAGCCAGAGAAAAGACUCCACAGCCUGAAAGAAAGCGCCCCUGCCCUCCUCUUGUUGUCGCUUCCUCAGCUGGAGAGGAAACGGAGGACCGCUGCGCUGAUUGAUAUGGAUUCUCUCGUUUAUUUUUCUAUUGAUUUGGCUCUAAUUAGUGACCCCCGCUAGAGAAAGAGGAAGAGGGAUCCAGCGAGAGGAGGAGAGGGAGGAGCGAAAGUCAAACAGGGGGUGCUGCCUGCCUACAGCCUUACUUUAUUAUUCCACCAAAUCUUUACCAAAUAAUGUUUUUGCGUCGCAUUAUUGUGCCGUUUUGUGUAUUGUUCUGCAGACCAGCCAGCUACUAACCAAAUCUUUGCAAGAACCAAAAAAAAAAAAAAAAAAAAAAAGCAUAUCCACUCAGACACGGACAGUUUUUUUUUUCCCCUCCUCGAUUGCUUUUCUCUUCCCGGGGAUUCACCGGCGGACAGUUUGAGACUUUUAAGGACAGAGCAGCAGGAGAAAUCCAUCUUUAUUAAACCCCCUCCAAAAAAAAACAAAAAAAAACCAAAGCAAAGUCAGCAUCCGAGGAGAGGCGGACGCCGAGUCUCCCAGAUCUUUACGCACAGCCGCCGGGACAGCGUGUCUGCGUUACGGAGAGCCGCUGCGGCCGUUCACAUGGGCGCAAUGAGAGCAGAUACAGCCGCGGCUCACCACGCACUGGCCUGCCUGGAUAAACACUGGUAGCUUUUUAUUUAUCGCCCCACAGCCCGGCAGCCGCUCGGUCAUCACAGGCGUCCACACCUGAGAGCAGAGAGAUGUAAAUCUGCCGAGGAAGAGUCCAGACUCGCUGAAGGAGAAAGAAAAAAAAAAAAAGCACACACACCAAACAAAAACCUUCCCAAACCUUCCCAGCGUCCUCCAAGCUGCUGCCCACCAGGAGAGCCGAGCAGGCAGGCCAGAGACCGACGGCAGGACCACGGAUAGAAGGAGCAGAGCAGAGAGACCAGAGUAAACCAAAAAAUCCAACGACCACCAGGUCGACAGAGGACCAUGUUUGUCCCCCUGCCGGUCCCCUUCGUCUUUCAGAGAACAGCGUCCGACUUCAGCGCCUGGAGACUCAAGUCCUCGCUGGUCCCGCGGUCCAGCCCCGAUAUCAGGAUGUCCAAAGCACCGGGGGAGGAGAAGCCUGGAGCUGAAUAUCCAGGUGACAGUUCAGACUCUGACAGGAACAGCCCUGAUGACCAGCUGCAGGUCCAGACGAUGAAAAGCAGCCCUUACAGCCUUUCUCCCACAGCAGCAGCAGGCAGCAAGGUAAAGAGCGAUGAAAGCUCAGAGAUAACACACAGCGGUGCUGCUCCUCCCUCCCAGCAGCAGCAGCAGCAGCAGCAGCAGCAGCAGCAGCAGCAGCAGCAGCAGCAGGCUCAACAUCACCACGCACAGCUGAUGCUCGCCGGCAGUCAGCUCGCCGGGCUUGCAGCUCUCCUGCCGGCCCAGCAGCAGCUGCUCCUCCAGCAGGCUCAGGCUCAGCUCCUGGCGGCGGCCGUGCAGCAGUCGAACGCCGCUCACGCUGCCGCCCACGCCGCCGCGCAGCAACAAGCCAAUCAGCAGCAGCAGCAGCAGCAACAGCAACAGCAGCAACAGCCAAACAAGCAAGAGCAACCAGUCCAGGCUGCGCCGCCACAGCUGGCCCUGUCGCAGCCCAUCCAGCUCACAGCGCAGGACAUCCAGCAGCUGCUGCAGCUCCAGCAGCUGGUUCUGAUGCCGGGUCACCCGCUCCAGUCCCCGGCCCAGUUCCUCUUGUCUCAGCCUGCACAGACACAGCAGCAACAGCAGGGUUUGCUCUCAACAGCAAAUCUGAUCCAGCUACCUCAGCAAAGUGCAGGAGGACUUCUCACAAGCCCACCUCGCAUGGGACUCCAAGCACAGAGGGAGAAGAGCAGCGACGCGGGAAACGGCAGCAGCAGCGCAGCCUCUGGAGCCGGCAGCGGAGGCGGCAGCGGUGUAACAUCUGUAGGAGCUACCUCUGCAUCCGGCAGUGCCGUGGCCUCCUCGUUAACCUCCGGCAUGAAUCCCAGCGGUCAGACGGCUCACAUGAGCGAAGAGCCGAGCGAUCUGGAGGAGCUGGAGCAGUUCGCUCGGACCUUCAAACAGCGGCGCAUAAAGCUGGGAUUCACACAGGGUGACGUGGGAGUGGCAAUGGGAAAACUGUAUGGGAACGACUUCAGCCAGACCACCAUCUCUCGCUUUGAAGCGUUAAACCUGAGCUUUAAGAACAUGUGCAAGCUGAAGCCACUGCUGGAGAAGUGGCUGAGUGACGCAGAGACGAUGGCGGUGGACAGCAUGCUGCCCAGCCCCUCCUCCAUCUCCUCCCCCAUGUUGGGCAUCGAGGGUCUCCCCGGCCGACGCAGGAAGAAGCGCACCAGCAUCGAGACGAACGUACGGGUGGUUCUGGAGCGCAACUUCAGCACGAACCAGAAGCCGACGUCGGAGGAGAUCCUGCUGAUGGCGGAGCAGCUCAACAUGGAGAAGGAGGUGAUCCGCGUCUGGUUCUGCAACCGCCGGCAGAAGGAGAAACGCAUCAACCCGUCGAGCAGCAGCACUCCUCCUCUGCCCAGCCAGACCUCGCCCGUCGUGACGCACAAAGCCCACUGCUACAGCCCCCACAUGAUAUCGAGUCAGAGUCUGUCCCAGGUCACCACCAGCCUCAGCACAACAGGAGCCGCUUCGUCACCUUCAGCUUCCUGCCCCAUGACUCCCGUCAGCUCGGCAGCCAUGUCCUCGUCGGUGACGCCUCCUCCUCUUCCUCCUCACAGCACAGCCAGCCCAGCUCCUUCCAGCCUCGGCUCGUCUGGGCUCACCACUGGGAACACAAUGAUGGGAGUAAGCACAGGGAUGAACCAGGCCCUCAUUGGCAGUAAUCCCCUGGCUACCAUGCAAGCGCUGGCAGCCAGCGGCGGUCAGCUCCCUAUCUCCAGCCUGGAGGGGGGGCCAGGCCACAUGUUUCUGAGUGGACACGGCGGUCACUCUGUCCCCCCCUCCCUCCGUCCCUCUCUCUUCCUGAACCGCCCCGGCCUGCUGCCGAUGGUGACUUGCUCAACGGCAGCUUCCUCCAUGCCCACCAUGGGGCUGGUCAGCAGCAGCGGAGGCGGCCCCAGACCCUCCUAUUGCCAAGCUUCACCCACAGGCACCAGCAACCUCAUGAGCCCCACCUCCUGCCCGGAGGAGUCCGCGUCUCCGUGUUCAAGUCCCGCCUCUUUCUGCUCCUUCAGCGAAGCUUCGCCGCCGCCGCUGGGAGGAGCCAUGGCCGAGUGAUCGCCGACCGACCGCCAAAGUAUCCUAUCGGAGCGGGAUGAGGAGGACGAGGAGGAAACAGCUUUAGAAAUCCAAAUCCGCAACAUCGCCUUUCAACCAAAGCCAUCUCUCUGUCUGAUCCAUCGCUAGAUCGUCCCUCUUUGCCUUUUUUCCUCUCUGAAGUCUCCCGAAGCCAAAAAAAAUACACAUAGACUCAUGAGGGAAGGAGGUAAAGAGGGUAGGAAGGAUGGAAGAGGACGGAGAGAACCGCAGCGCGAAGGAGGGGAAUCUUGAAACCAAAUAAUGACCUACAGCUGGAGAGGAGCUUUUUUUAUUUCACUCGGCAUCGUGAUUAAAAAACACCAAAAAGAAACAAAAAAAACUUGAGAGCAGAGCUGAAACUGCUCGAGAGAAACUGGAAGCAGCGGAAAGACUUGUCUGAUAAGCUGAGAAGGCUACGAGAAAAAAAAAAAAAAAAUGUACGUGUUUCGAAGAGGAACACAAACAUUACAAAGAAGUAAACCAAAAUCUCCAAAAUACCAAAAACUGAAAACCAAAAAAGAAAGACAAAAAAAAACAACAAACGGAGAGAAAAGCUUUAGCUCAAAAAGACUUUUUCUGAUCUUUAUUCUGUCAAACAUUCUCCAUUCCACUCAGGAUUCGUUUAGUUUCCAUCUUCUGUCGGAAUAUUCACAAGACAUCUAUUUUUGUAUUAUUUUCUAACCAUCGACCUUGAAAGCAUUUAUAAUCCCUCAUUUUUACGGCUGAUCCCACCUGCAGGAUUUUUUACCUACCUCUCACUUUACAGCUUUACACCGAUCAGCCUGCCGUACAUCAACAGACACAGCUUGUCUUAAUAAAACCCAACAAUGAGAGCAGAUGUAAGGCGAAGGCAAAGCUAUCCUGGGAAUUACUAUAUCUUAGUUCAUCCUCGUUGGACCCAAGACAGUUAAAUACGGCUGAAAUUAGACGUCUGAUUUUUUUAUUUUAUUUUUUUAUUUCUGGACCUUCAUUCAUCUUAAUGUUUUCAAACCAAAGCAAACACCCCGAGCUCGGCCGGUAGCGUUUACCUUCUACACGGGCAGAUGUGGACACAUUGUCAUGGGAUUUCCUCCUUUUUUCUUCUUCUUUUUUUGUAUUUUUUUUUUUUUUUGCAUUAUUUGCCUUCUUUGAUUUAUUAUCCAGGCCAUACACACCAUCCCACCAUCAACAUGUCAUCUUCCAGACCGUCACUCUCGGAUACCAAAGCAUCGCCUCUGGCAGCGUUCGUCUCUGGGUUCGCCCAGGAGACGAGUGUCCAGACAAACCUCACCAACAAAUACAAGCGUAAGACAGACCAAAUACCAAAAAAAAAAAAA